AUGGCACCGCACGCCCAUUACACCCGCCCAAGGUACCACCCCGGCUCUACUGAGGUGGAAAUCGAGGAGGAACCGGAUUGGCAAACAGCUGGAUUGCACCGUAUCGGGCUUCGCAAUGGGGAAAAUAAUGUCCCUGGUUUAACUCACCGGGGUGACGAAUGGCUAAAGGAGGAGCUUGAAUAUGAAGAACAAGCAGUUAAGACUGAGGCGGAAUUCAAAAAGAGAUUGGAGAGUGGGGAUCUGAUUACGGUGCGGGAUGUUAUGGUGAACCAGGAAGAUUUCCAUCUGCGAAGACCCGAAGUUUUUUCAGAGGGCUGGCGGUAUGUGCUACAUACCACGGAAGACUUUAUCAAGAAUCAGCAAGACUGGCCUGCAAAUAUCCAGAAAACACAGAAGGAACAGGAAGAAAAGGAAAAGAAGGAAGAGGAGGAGGUGAAGAAGGAGCAUGAAUGGCGACGAGAACGUGGAGAGAAUGCCACUCAGCAAAACGCAUAUGCUCUCAGGGAACCAGAUGACGACGCUGGCCAAAGUGAGGCCGAGAAGAAGCUCACAGCUGGCAAGUGUGAUGAUUUGAAGCAAAAAUAUUCCGCCCAAGAGAUUGCACUUUUACGGGCCCUACAGCACGAGAACGUAUAUAUGCACUCUCUCCGAAUUAACGAUGGCAAGGGACAGUCUCCGUUAGCCCACGAUGAAGAGCAGAGGCGAUUUUUCAUAGAUGAGGCUGAUCAGUUUACUCCUGAUAACUGGGUCCCGCGAACCGACACUCUCAUUCGCCUCACAGGCAAGCACCCAUUCAAUGCUGAACCUCCCCUGAGCAUGCUUUACAAUGCUGGUCUAAUUACCCCGAAUAAAAUACAUUACGUACGAAACCACGGCCCCGUUCCUCAUCUGCGCUGGCAAACCCAUCAACUUGAUGUCGAAAACGGAAAACUGGUGCUGCCCAUGCAACAGCUAAAGGACGACUUUGAUCCCAUUAAUAUCCCUGUCCUCAUGGCGUGUGACGGCAAUAGACGGAAGGAAGUUAACAUGACCAAAAGGUCGAAGGGGUUCAACUGGGGACCUGGAGCUUGUGGGUGUGCGUAUUGGAAAGGGCCGUUGCUUCGGGAUGUUCUCCUUGCGGCGGGCGUUCGUCAGGAUGCGGCACACGGGCGGUCCUGGGUCAACUUCCAGGGCGCAGAUCAUCCGAACGAGGGCAAGUAUGAAACAUGCAUUCCCUUGGAGUAUGCCAUGGAUCCGAGUAACGACGUUAUUCUUGCGUAUGAGAUGAAUGACAAAGCGCUGCCGCCAGACCAUGGGUAUCCAGUGCGCGUCAUUAUUCCCGGUUACAUCGGUGGACGAUGGGUGAAAUGGCUUUCACGUAUCUGGAUUUCUGACAAACCAAAUAAUAGCUAUUAUCAUGUGUUUGACAAUCGAGUGGUGCCUGGAUUUAUCACCGAAAUGGAUUCGGAAUUUGCGAAGGCGAUGUUUUCCAACACCAGCACUGCGUGUAAUGAGCAGAGCUUGAAUUCCGUGAUUGUUAAGCCCGCCCACGGAGAGAAGCUAAAUCUGGUGUCAGAGGAUCAAAAAAAGAGGCGGCUAUAUAGAGUUGAAGGUUUGGCAUAUGCAGGAGGGGGCCAUGAGGUCCAGAGGGUUGAAGUCAGUUUGGACCGCGGUAAAAGCUGGCUGUACUGUAUCCGUAGGUUUCCCGAGGCACCAAUUCGCCAUGGCAAAAAGUUUUGGACUUGGAUUCACUGGUCUGUUGAUGUCGACAUUUCUCACUUAGCCCAAGCAAGCGGAAUCACAGUCCGAUGCUUCGAUGUGUUCAAAAAUUGUCAGUCGGAAGGGCUGAACUGGAAUUUACUGGGUAUGAUGAACAACUGCUGGUACACCGUCCGCAGUAAUAUUACUCAAGACCCGAAGUCUGGCGACCUGUCGAUCACCUUCCAACAUCCUACUGAACCAGGAUCGGGUCAGGGGGGCUGGAUGAAGCCGUCAACAGAGGAUCAACUGGAUGAGAUCCGACAUGAAGUGCCAGCUCCACAGAAGCAGUUCACCCGUGAAGAGAUUGAAAAACACGAUUCGAAAUCAGACUGCUGGAUCGUCAUCAAUAACAAAGUUUAUGAUGCGACGAGCGUGCUCGACUGGCACCCUGGAGGAGCGGCUGCCAUUAUGGCGCAUGCGGGGAAGGUUCAUGCCGAGACCACAGAGGAGUUUGGCAGUGUCCACGAUGACUAUGCUCAGAAGAAAUUGAGUGAAUGCGUACUCGGCGUUGUAACCGAUAAGACGAAGAGAUACAUAAAGAAACAAGCUGAAGAAAGUGCGAAAGCAAAGGCGAAAGCCGACUCGGCCAGCUCUGGACGGGGGAUCCAGCGCCAUAAAUGGACCCAGGUCCGCCUUCGCGAGAAAAGACGACUUUCUGCAGACACCCAAUUAUAUACCUUUGCUCUCCCUCCGGGCGUAAAAAGUCUCGGUCUGGGCACUUGCCAACACAUCCUUCUGGGAUUCCACUUCUUUGACAAACUUGUAAUUCGAGCCUACACACCUGUGCGGCCGGUUUUCGAAAGCGAGGCAGACGGUACCUUUAGUCUCGUCGUAAAAACGUAUUUCCCAAGCUCUACACAGCCUGGCGGCACGAUCAGCAACAUACUAGACUGCCUGCGUGAAAACGAAGAGGUCGAAGUCAAAGGCCCCGCAGGUUUGAUUGAAUAUAAAGGCCAUGGUGAAUUCGUGAUUGACGGCAAGAAGCGCACAUUCAAAAACGUCACACUAAUCCUUGGCGGGUCUGGAAUUACACCUGGAUACCAGCUCAUAGCGCGCAUUCUCCGCUCAGAUAAGGUGCCUGGCGGUUCAAAGGACUCAACCCGCAUCAGAGUAAUAGACGCCAACAAAACGGGGGAUGACAUACUGUUAGCAGACGAGCUUGAGGAAUUUGCGAAGCAGCACCCGGAGCAGUUUCAGAUUGUGCAUGUUCUUGGACAUCCAUACAAGGAGUUGCCAGAGGGGAGAAUUAGCGGGUUUGUGAAUAAAGAUAUCAUCCGGAAGUAUGGUUUUGAGCCAGCGGAAGAGAAUGUAGCUCUCCUCUGCGGGCCACCUGGGUUGAUUAAAAUGGCGGCGCUGCCAAAUCUGAAAGAAUGGGGUUAUAAAGAGGAUGUAAACCUUUUUGGAUUCUGA